UUAAAAUCGCUCGUUCACUACCCAGGGCAAGAUUGAAUGAGCGCGCUCCAGGGUGAGCUUUGAUUUUUGACGUUGACAAUUUGCUUUAAAUUGUCAUAAAAAAAAUCCAAAUAAUUAAGUUACUAGUUGAGUUGAUUGUCGACUUUUAACCGUUUUGUUUUUAUUUUUAAGUUCAGUUGUUUAAUUUUCGUAGUGUUCCGUAAUAAAAUUCAUGCAGGGUAAUUGUUGCCUUAUUUGACAAGCUGACAAAAACAAUGCAUCACUGAAAAGUAUUCAAAAUGCAACAACCUUUGAUUUUACUAUUAGUUCACAUCUUUCAAGUACUUUGUCAAAGUCCAGAACAAAAUGCCUUAGACUAUCCUAAUUUUGCACCAGACAGCUAUCAACAUCCAGGUAGUAAUCAAUAUUAUGGAGAUUUACAGUGUCCAGAAUACUGGAUACCAUAUCAGCAAUAUUGUUAUAAAUUAAUCAAGUCACCAUUAAAGAAGUUUGAUGAUGCUAGGGUCUUAUGUCAAGCAUAUGCUGGCGAACAAGCUGAAAGAAGUUCAUCAGAUUUAGUAUCCUUAAGUUCAGUAGAUGAACAUAGUUUUCUUAUACAACAACUUAACCACUAUGAUACACAGCAUCGGCGCUGGUAUAUUGGAGCCCAUCAAACAUCGCUAAAUUUCUACUCUAAUCCCGAUGGUUCUCAGUUACCCCCAAUGGAAAGUGCCUUUUUUAGAGAUGAAACACCAAGGGAUUAUGGUUCUCCAAUAAAAGAUUUUUUGGUAUAUAAGUUUUCUAAUAAUCUGAUGCAUUGGGGUUUGGAGACAGUGGUUGGUGAUGAACCAUUACCUUUUAUUUGUAAAGCUAAUGUGGCUGCUAUUCAACGGCUGAAAGAUGAUGGGAGGGAUUACACUUAUGGAGCUGAAAUAUUUGAUACCGAACGAAUUCCAAGGGGGCCUUAUUUUAUUAAACAACCAGUUGAUGCUAUAUUUGAUACUUCAAAGCGGAAUCUUUAUAAUGACAUUAGCCUAAGCUGCUCGGCUGGAGGAUACCCAACACCUACAUACAAAUGGUAUAGAGAAGAAUAUGUAUCUGAUAAAUUAGUACCAAGAGAAAUAGAUCCUUUAGCAGAUGGAAGAUAUACAAUUAGUGGUGGCACUUUAAUCAUUCAUGAUCCACAACAAAAACGAGAUAGAGCUACUUAUCAUUGUAGGGCAACUAAUAAAUUUGGAACAAUUAUUUCUGAAAGUGUCGAAUUAAAUUUUGGUUUCAUCUUGGAAUUUGUCCUCAAAAGAAGUCCAGAAGUUGGAGAACUAAAUUGGGGAAAAGCUAUUUACUGUGAUCCUCCAAAUCAUUUUCCAUCUGUGAAAUAUUCCUGGUCUAGAGAAUAUUUUCCUAAUUUUGUAGAAGAAGAUAGAAGAGUUUUUGUUUCAAACGAUGGAGCCCUAUACUUUUCAGCUUUAGAAACUAUUGACCGGGCUAAUUAUAGUUGUAGUAUACAAUCUGAGUUUUCUGACUCUGGUAGAAAUGGACCAUUUUUUCCUCUUAGAGUUAAUCCACACUCUAAUUAUCAAACACUUAAGUUUCCUAACAAUUUCCCUAAAGCAUUCCCAGAUACUCCAAUUGCUGGAAAGGAAGUGAAAUUGGAAUGUGUUGCUUUCGGAUACCCAGUACCAAGUUACAAUUGGACGAGAAAAGGUUCUGCCAGCUUUCCCAGAAAUUCCUAUUUCACUAGCUACAACAGAAUCCUUAUAAUACCAAAUGUUAAAGUUGAAGAUCAAGGAGAAUACAGCUGCAGAGCUUAUAAUGACAGGCAGAGCAUUGAGCAUUCAGUUAUCCUUGAUAUUCAAGCAGAGCCCAAUUUCACUAUUCCUUUAGCGGAUAAACAUAUUGAUAAGAAAGGCGAAUUGAUAUGGACUUGCGAAGCAUUUGGAAUUCCCGAUGUAAAUUAUACUUUUUACAAGGAUGGAAGGGCGUUGUCCAUGUUGAAUUUGGAUCCAGAAGACCGAGGCCGUAUAACCAUAAGAGAUAACGUCUUGACCAUCAACUUCCUUAACGACAAAAGGGAUCCUGGAAUGUAUCAAUGCAAAGCUGCUAACACAUUAAAAACAAGAUACUCUUCUGCACAACUUCGAGUACUAGCCUUCCAGCCAUCUUUUAAGAAAAAUCCCCUAGAAUCUGAAACAUAUGCUGCCGAAGGAGGAAAUGUAACUAUCAAAUGCAAUCCAGAAGCUGCUCCUAGACCUAGGUUUGUAUGGAAAAAAGAUGGUAUUGAAAUAGGACAUGGAGGACACAGGAGAAUUUCUGAAAAGGGAAAUUUAAUGCUAUCGCCAGUGUCAAGGGAUGAUGAAGGCGUUUACACUUGUAUGGCAAGUAAUGAACUUGGUAUGGCAGAAUCAAGGGGCCGGUUAAUUGUGUUACGUGGUCCAAGAAUUGUUGAAAGCCCGGCGCAAACUAUUGUCAUUGUGAAUGGCCGCAGUAUCGAUCUCCAAUGCUAUGCAACAACUGAUGAAAUGCUUGAUAUUGCUUAUAUGUGGGCUCAUAAUGGUUUAAGAAUUCGUGAUUUGGAUGUCGUCAACUCAAAUGACAGAAUAAGGAUUGAUGGUGGUUAUCUCCGAGUAUCAAAUGCAACCUUCUCUGACUCCGGAGAAUAUGAAUGUAAAGUUGAAAGCGCUGUUGGAGCGAUUUCGUUUCAAACUCACGUAAUAGUACAAGGUCCUCCCGGUCCUCCUGGUGGUGUUCAGGUGAUGACAAUACAGAGAAAUUCUUUUACUUUACAAUGGACUGACGGAGCUACUCAUGGAAUGCCUAUUUAUAGUUACACCAUUAGUGGAAGAACUAACUGGAAUCAUACAUGGGUUAAUUUGGCUAUUGGUGUAAGAGCAAGAGAGAUAGAUAGACAUACUGGCAGGAAAGAAGCAGAUAUAGAAAUAGUUUUAACUCCAUGGUCAAACUAUGAAUUUCGUGUAGGUGCUUGGAAUGAGCUGGGACCAGGUCCAUUUUCUGCACCCAGUCCUAAAUAUCAUACAGUCAAAGACAAGCCCAGGUUAGCCCCAAGAAAUGUUGGAGGUGGAGGUGGUAAAAUUGGUGAUCUCACAAUAACGUGGUCGCCACUAAAGCCUGAAGAACAACACGCUGCUGGCAUUCAUUAUAAAGUAUUUUGGAAACGUUACAACGAGCAAGUAGAAUUUCAAAGUUUGGUAUUGAAAGAAUUUGGCAACACUAACACUGCUGUUGUACAAAUUGAACCUAAAUAUUACUAUACACAGUAUGUUGUGAAAAUACAGGCAAUUAAUGAAAUAGGUGCUGGUCCUAUAAGUGAGGAAGCUCUUAUUUAUUCUGCUGAGGAUAUGCCACAAGUUGCUCCUCAGCUUGUUAAAGCAGUAGCUUAUAAUUCCACAGCCCUAAAUGUGUCAUGGAAUCCCAUAGAAGAAACAAGAGAGAAAAUUAAAGGCAAUCUUAUUGGACACAGAAUAAAGUAUUGGAAGAAAGAUACUCGAGAAGAGGACAGUGUUUAUUAUCUUUCAAGAACUACACGUCCAUGGGCGCUUAUUGUGGGUUUACAGCCGAACAAAGAAUAUUUUGUUAAAUGCAUGGCUUAUAAUUCGGCAGGGGAAGGACCAGAAAGUGAACGAUUUUUAGAGCGUACUUUCCGAAAAGCCCCUCAAAAACCACCAUCGUCUGUCAGAGUUUAUGGCAUUAAUCCUUCAACAGUCAAAGUACAAUGGCGUUAUGUUCAGCCAUCCAUAGAUGAGGAACCUUUACAAGGAUAUAAGAUUCGUGUCUGGGAAAUCGAUCAAGACUUGAGUACGGCCAAUGAUACAUUCAUACCUUCUGGGGGAAGGUCAGAAGGAUAUGUGUCCAAUUUAUCUCCUGGAAAAACUUAUAAAAUGAGAGUGCUGGCUUAUUCUAAUGGUGGAGAUGGUCGUAUGAGUUCGCCAGAACUCACUUUUCAAAUGGGAAACCCCCAGUUCUUUCGUAGUAGUUCAUCAACAUCCAACCUAAGUGCACUAUUAAAAUGUCUAAGCAUAGCGAUUACCUUGAAAAUAGCUUUAUUUGAAAUUUGAUAACAAUAUGAUAUAUUUUUUAGUUAAAACAAAAAUAUUUUAGUACAACAAUUAAAAAGAGGAUUUGAUCUGUUUAUUUAUAUGUAUGUACUUUUAAAAUUGUAAAUAUUAGUUUUAUAAUAACUGUGAAAUGUUAAAUGUAUAUGUAGAGAUUAUUUGACACAGAUACAGCACAAAUACUACCUUCUUGCAAAAUGCGCAACAAUACGAUUCCGUCCACUUUUUGAUAUCAUUUUGUAUAUAUUAUUGUAUUGAGCUGGAAGUAAAUUAAAUAGUGUAAAGCUACUGUUUUCCUUUUUCAUAUGUUCAUUUUAAAAUGUGUGGAAGAUAUUUCAGGCUAGUUAAUUUUAUUUUAGAUAGAGUUUUGCAUUCCAGAAUACAUAAAAUAUAUUCAAAUUUCUGUUUUAUGUAAUACCUAUUAUAAUACAUACACACUAACACAAUAAUUAACGAGGAUAUAAAGUUAUUCUUUUAUAAAUUUAAAUCAACUAAUCUAAAAUACAUUUGGUAGCUGAAAAAAAUUAAUAGUCCAUAAUACAAUUUACUUUUCCUGAAUUUGAAUUUAGGAAUUGUUAUUUUGAAACAACUCUGUACUUUUGUACUGUACAAAUACUGAAAAUGUAUUUUGGAAAAAUCCCAAAAUAACUUGUCAAACUUAAAACAUAAGUUACCCACCCACACUGACUUUGAUCAUAUUAAUAAAAUAAUGAUGAAUUUAUAUUAAAAAAAAAUGUCCACCUAUUAUAUUCAAAUUUUUGCAAAAAUCUCAAGUUUUCACUAUUGCUUCAGUCUUCUAUAUUUUUUAUAUUGAUUUUUACUUUUAAUAAAGUAUACUUAAUUUUGUA